UUCACACGCUGACCUUUUCCUCCAUUUUCAAACCCAUCUCCAUCUAUAAAACCCCACUUCUCUAUCUUCCCUUGUAUUAAUCCAACUCUCUCUCUCUCUCUCUCUUUAUUUCUCUUUAUCUAUAUCAAAACGUUUGUCUUUCAAACUUCAAUCAAUAGGACUCUCCUUUUAAGGGAAAAUAAUGGAUGUUAAAGCAAGGGGUUUUAGCGGAAACGUCCAAAGUGAAGAAGAUCAGAUGGACUUGAUCAGAAGAGGUCCUUGGACUGUACAAGAAGACUUUAAACUCAUCAAUUAUAUUGCUACUCACGGCGAAGGUCGAUGGAACUCUCUUGCCCGUUGCGCAGGUCUCAAUCGGACAGGAAAGAGCUGCAGAUUGAGAUGGUUGAAUUAUCUCCGCCCCGAUGUUCGACGUGGGAACAUCACUCUUGAGGAACAACUUUUGAUUCUUGAACUUCACUCUCGCUGGGGAAACCGAUGGUCCAAAAUCGCCCAACACUUGCCUGGAAGAACCGACAAUGAGAUUAAGAACUAUUGGAGAACCCGUGUCCAGAAACAUGCGAAGCAACUUAAAUGUGACGUGAACAGCAAGCAAUUCAAGGACACCAUGCGUUACAUAUGGAUGCCUAGGUUAGUUGAAAGAAUUCAAGCUGCUGCCGCUGCCACAGCCACCUCCACAACUGCUGUUACCGUAGCCUCUACUACCACCACCUCCGCCUCCCUCACCACAACGGCCAACGUGGGGACGGGACAAAUGAUCUUACCUCUUGGGGUUAUAGGCAAUGGCUUUGGAGGCGCACAAGUAACCCCAAGUUACACCCCUGAGAAUUCCAGCACUGCAGCCUCAUCAGACUCUUUUGGGUCUCAGGUUUCACCGGUUUCAGAUUUGACUGAUUAUUACAGCAGCAUCCAGGUUAACAAUAACGACCCUAAUCCGGAUUAUUUCCAAGCUAGCCAAGUUCGUUGCUCUGAGUUAAUAAGUCCCUCUGGUAAUUACUACAACCAGGGCAUAGAUUUUCAGUCCAUGGAUCAGCAGAACGACCCCUGGCUAGAUGGUGGUAAUGAUGCAUCCGACAAUUUCUUGAAUGCAGAGGAUAUUUUGUUCUUACAGCAGCAGUUCAACUUCAACAUGUGAAAAAUAUCAUUAAAUAUAUACUAAUAAAUGGGGGGAAUGAAAUUCAACUGUGGAGCCAAAAAAAAAAAAAAAAAAAAAAA